GCCGUGGACGUACGACUCGACCAUCACGUUCCAGAGAAGCCGCUGGGAGCUGGGGAAAGGAAAACACGGAUAGGAACGAAAGCCCAAAGGGUGACGCUUCCUAGGGACAGCUUUGGAGGGUGCACCGGGCCCAGAAUGGCUGAUAAUCUCUCGUCCCAGUCUGAGCCUCUGGCGCCUGCAGAUCUAAAUGACGACUUCAAGAAGCCCGCCCUGCCAGUGCCCCCAGCAGUGCGGGGCAAGGCCUCGGCCACCAGCCCCUCAAACACCGAGGAGGAGGAGAAGGAUCGCGAAUCCGAGGAGCCCGACGUCCCGCCGCCUCGGCCGGACAGCGGGGAAACUAGCAGUCCCCAAGGCGAGCAGCCCGCUGUAGCGGCUUCCUCAGCCGGCGGCCCGACCCGGGCUCCUCCCUACCGAGAGCCGCCGUGGGGCGGCCCGGCCACGGCUCCCUACAGCCUGGAGACGCUGAAGGGCGGCACCAUCCUUGGCACGCGAACGUUGACGGGGACGAGCUGCUGCCUUUUCGGGAGGCUGCCCAGCUGCGACGUGUGCCUGGAGCAUCCGUCGGUGUCGCGGUACCACGCCGUGCUGCAGCACAGGGCCUCGGGCCCCGACGGGGACAGCGAGGGCCACGGGCCGGGCUUCUACCUUUACGAUCUGGGAAGUACCCACGGCACGUUUCUUAACAAGACCCGUGUCCCGCCCCGCACCUACUGUCGCGUCCGUGUCGGGCACGUUCUUCGCUUUGGAGGCAGCACUCGGCUCUUUAUCCUGCAGGGACCAGAGGAAGACAGAGAGGCAGAAUCUGAAUUAACAGUAACGCAGUUGAAGGAGUUGCGCAAGCAGCAACAACUACUGCUAGAGAAGAAGAUGCUGGGAGAAGACUCUGAUGAAGAAGAGGAAACAGACGUUACGGAAAGGAAGAAACACACCAGCAGCCAGGAUGAUGACAUGGGCUGCACUUGGGGGAUGGGAGAAGAUGCUGUGGAGGAUGAGGCUGAAGAGAACCCCAUUGUCUUGGAGUUUCAGCAGGAAAGAGAGGCCUUCUAUAUAAAGGAUCCGAAAAAAGCUCUGCAAGGAUUUUUUGACCGAGAAGGAGAAGAAUUAGAGUAUGAAUUUGAUGAACAAGGGCAUAGUACUUGGCUCUGCAGGGUGAGAUUACCUGUGGAUGAUUCAACUGGAAAACAACUGGUGGCUGAAGCCAUUCACUCAGGAAAGAAAAAAGAAGCAAUGAUCCAGUGCUCGCUGGAAGCUUGUCGGAUCCUUGAUACUUUGGGAUUGCUGCGGCAGGAAGCAGUAUCUCGGAAAAGGAAAGCCAAGAACUGGGAGGAUGAAGACUUUUAUGAUAGUGAUGAUGAUACAUUCCUUGAUCGUACUGGUCUGGUUGAGAAGAAGCGACUAAAUCGAAUGAAGAAAGCAGGGAAAAUUGAUGAGAAACCAGAGACCUUUGAAUCACUGGUUGCAAAGUUAAAUGAUGCUGAAAGGGAACUCUCUGAAAUUUCUGAGAGGCUGAAAGCCUCGAGCAGAGCUCUAUCAGAGUCGCCGUCUCAGGAUUCUUUAGAUGCAUUCAUGUCGGAAAUGAAAUCGGGAAGUUCAUUAGAUGGUGUGUCCCGGAAGAAACUUCACCUGAGAACUUUGGAACUGAGGAAAGAGCAGCAGAGACUUAAAGGGCUGAUAAAAAUUGUAAAGCCGGCAGAGAUUCCAGAACUAAAAAAGACUGAAAGUCAGACUACAGGUGCAGAAAACAAAGCUAAAAAGCUUACAUUGCCUCUCUUUGGUGCCAUGAAAGGAGGAAGCAAAUUCAAAUUAAAAACUGGAACUGUAGGGAGGUUACCCCCCAAACGCCCAGAACUCCCUCCAACUCUAAUGAGAAUGAAGGAUGAGCCUGAAGUAGAAGAGGAAGAGGAGGAAGAAGAAGAAGAAGAAGAGAAAGAAAAGGAGGAUCAUAAAAAGAAAAACUUGGAGGAUGACAGUAGGCUACAGCAGGAGACCGAGCCAGAAACAGUGCAGGAAACAAACCCUCUCCAAGAACUCACAAGUUCUAAAGAAACGAAAACCCCUGAAAUCAUGUCUCAUCUCAGCCACGAGGAGCAGAAUCAAGAAUAUCAAGAGCUCAGUGAAACAGCUUCAUGUGUCGAGGAGCCCUCAGCAUCAUGUAAUGAACAUGAGGAAAACAGAGGUGAAUUGAAGAAAAAGAAAACUGGUCCAGGCAAACUCCCACCAAUACUUUCUUCCAAAUAUCCUGAUGAUGACCCAGACUACUGUGUGUGGGUCCCACCUGAAGGGCAAAGUGGAGAUGGCAGAACCCAUCUUAAUGACAAGUAUGGCUACUGAUUGCUUCAGAAUCCCGAAGGAAGACCCAUGGACAUGCAGCCUGGUACAUCUGGGAUAUGUUUCACACUUAAUAGGCAGAGAAGUUCAAAUGAUGGUAAAAGCUUGUGACUGGCCUUUUUGCCCAUGCUCUUGGUUUUCUAAAUUUUAUCUGCUCAUUUGAUUCUCCUGAAUUUGGUAUUUAUGUUUAAAAGUAUUUGUGUAUAUAUGUAAAAAGGAAAGCCUAUACUUUGAGAAUUAGUAGUGAAAAACAUGACCCUAUUAAAAUGAUAAGGCAAAGGUGUCCUAAUGUGGA